UCACUGCCAAUCAACCAAAGCCAAGAACGACGCUGAGUCCAACGAAUCCCAAAUGGCCUCUCCUUCUCUCCUCACUUUCCACACCCUCUUCCUCACGUCGCUCAUCGUCGCCGCCGCCGCCAUCUCCACAUCCGGCGCCUCAGCCAGCGGUGGCGGCGGCGGCGAUGGGCUCGCAUGGGUAGCCGCCUCCUCCAAGCCGGGCCGGUGCCAGGGGUCCAUCGCGGAGUGCAUGGCCGAGCAGGGCAGCGAGUUCGACAUGGACACGGAGGUGAGCCGGCGGGUGCUGGCGACAUCGCAGUACAUAAGCUACGGGGCGCUGCAGCGGAACACGGUGCCGUGCUCGCAGCGGGGGGCCUCCUACUACAACUGCCAGCCAGGGGCGCAGUCCAACCCCUACAGCCGCUCAUGCUCCGCCGUGACACAGUGUCGCGGCUAAGUGAAACGAAACCCCCCAUUGCCGAUCUAGCUCUCCAAUCUUCUCGGUCCCCCUCUGCUUAUAAUUAGCUUGCUCUAUCUAUCUAUUAUGUGAUGUACGUGAUGGAUAAAGACAAUGCUGUAUUGUCGCUCUUGUUAACGCCUGCUUGUUCUAUGUUCUUAUGCAUCUAAUUUUCGGGUUUUAUUGUAAUUUUCGUGCUAAUUCGAAUCAUUAGUUUACUAAUCCCUGCAAUUCCGAGAUGAUUUCUGGGGAAUUGGAGAUCCCAUAUGAGAAAA